CGACCGUUGGCCGGGUUCAAUUUACCAACUUUUCCCAAGAUAACGGUAGUUUUCGUGGCGAUUUGUAAAGUUAUUUUAAUUCUGUGAAUAAAAUCGAAUAAGAUUAUGGCUUCCAACAGAACAAAGAGAAUAUAUAGGUUUGUGAGUAUAAUAUUUUAGUUCCCAAUAGAAAUAUUGACUCCGAUAUUGAACGUGAUAAUGAAGAAUAUAUUAUGUUACCGUCCGCCCCUUUAGCAUAUCCUGUAAUAGAGGGUGUUGAUGACGAUGAAUUAGAAAAUUCAUCUAAGUUUAGUAUUUUAUCGAAUAUAUUGCUCGAAAACGAGGAGAUCUUGGAAAACGAAGAAAACAAUGAAAAGGUAGAAAAUGCAGAAGGUGCUAAAAACAACGAGCUAGAUGAGCGUAUUGGGUAUGUUGUAGAUGAAACCUUAGCAGAUGAGCUUGAUCAUAAACCUCUCAAUUUAAAAAAUAAAAAACAACAACAAAAAGUUCAAAAGAAAAACAAAACCAAGAAAACGAAAAUAUACAGCUGGACAGAGGAACCUUUUAGCUACCCGGUAGAUAUUGAAGAGGAUAAUUUUCAAGUUCCAGACGAGAUUUUAUCUCCAAUUGAUUACUUUAAAAUGUUUUUUGAUGAUAUAAAUUUUUGAUGAUAUAAAAGAACAAAAACUUUAAAACAAUUUCUUUUUUCCAUAAUCGACAGCUUGCUCCGUAAAAAUAAAAAACUUGGAAGACCUUCAAAUGAGGUCAUCGCUGUUCCAAAAAAAGAAUAAGAAUCAUAUUUCAACCCCGGCCAGAAGGUGAUAUAAGAUUUGAUAAUUUCGGACACCUUCCACAAUUUUCCACAAAGGGCCGAUGUCGCAAUUGUGUAAAUAUCCAAACACAUAUAAAAUGUACGAAAUGUGAUGUACGUCUUUGUUUUGUGUCAAAACGAAAUUGUUUUUACGAUUUCCAUAUGAGCAAGUAAUCAUUGUAAUAUUUUUGUUAGUAAAAUAAAUCAGUACAACCCUGG